ACUCGUUGCUGUGUGAUGGUUAUCUCAGGAACACCAGGCUUGACUUUUUCUGAAAGGAGGAGAAUGGCUCAAGCUACAGCCCCAGCAGCGUCCAUCCACGAUGAGGACCCCUCUGAAAGCAGGAUGGUGGUUACGUUCCUCAUGUCGGCACUUGAAUCAAUGUGCAAAGAACUUGCCAAGUCCAAGGCAGAAGUUGCCUGUAUUGCUGUAUAUGAAACAGACGUGUUUGUAGUUGGAACUGAGAGAGGAAGAGCCUUUGUCAACUCCAGGAAAGAUUUUCAGAAGGAUUUUGUUAAAUACUGUGUUACGGAAGAGGAGAGGGCUGCAGAGAUGCAGAAAACAAAGACUCUGCCAUCUGUAAACAGGCUGACAGUGGAUAUCAUGGAACUGGAAGCGCUCAGAAAGUCUGUGGAGGACUUCUUCUGCUUUUGCUAUGGUAAAGCUUUAGGAAAGUCAACAGUAGUACCUGUGCCAUACGAGAAGAUUCAGAGAGACCAGUCUGCUGUGGUGGUGCAGGGCCUGCCUGAAGGACUUGCAUUUAAACAUCCAGCAAAUUACGAUGUUUCAACCCUGAAGUGGAUUUUGGAAAACAAGUCAGGGAUCUCAUUUAUCAUCAAAAGGCCUUUCCUAGAGCCAAAGAAACAUCUAGGAGCUCAUAUGACAGAUCCUUCACAUUCAAUUAUACCUCCAGGUGGAAGUUGUCCUCCUAUUCAAGUGAAAACGGAACCAAAUGAGGAUUCUGGAAUUUCACUGGAAAUGUCAACAGUAACAGUAAAGGAGGAGUCAGAGGAUCCUGACUACUAUCAGUAUAAUAUUCCAGCAGGCCCUUCUGAAACAUCAGAGAUGGAUGAAAAAAUUGCUCUUGCAAAAAGUUACACAGAUUCUUCCCAGCACGCCCCUUCAGAAACAAGUGAGGAUCCUGAGGUCGAGGUCACCAUCGAAGAUGAUGAAGACUACUCGCCCCCUAACAAGAAACCGAAAAACACUGAGUCAGCAAAUGAAACUGCCAAUACUGGGAGAAGAAAAGUGAGAGAAUUCAAUUUUGAGAAAUGGAAUGCUCGAAUUACAGACUUGAGAAAGCAAGUUGAAGAACUGUUUGAGAAAAAAUAUGCUCAAGCUAUAAAAGCUAAAGGUCCGGUGUCUAUCCCAUACCCACUCUUCCAGUCACACGUGGAAGACCUGUAUGUGGAAGGGCUGCCAGAAGGAAUUCCCUUCCGAAGGCCAUCCACGUACGGCAUUCCCCGUCUUGAGAGGAUACUUCUAGCGAAGGAGCGAAUCCGGUUUGUGAUUAAAAAGCAUGAGCUUUUGAAUUCGACAAGAGAAGAUGUACCCUUGGACAAACCAGUUGCAGGAGUGAAAGAGGAGUGGUACGCUAGAAUCACCAAGCUGAGGAAGAUGGUAGAUCAACUCUUCUGUAAGAAGUUUGCCGAGGCGUUGGGGAGCACCGAGCCUAAAGCUGUUCCAUACCAGAAAUUUGAGGCCCAUCCGACUGAACUCUAUGUUGAAGGUCUGCCGGAGAACAUUCCCUUUAGGAGUCCAUCCUGGUAUGGGAUCCCUCGCCUUGAAAAAAUAAUUCAAGUGGGCAACAGAAUAAAGUUCGUAAUCAAAAGGCCGGAGCUGCUAACCCUCAGUUCAACCGAAGUUAUUCAGCCUAGGACAAACACACCAGUGAAAGAAGAUUGGAAUGUUAGGAUCACAAAGCUAAGAAAGCAAGUAGAAGAGAUAUUUAAUAUGAAAUUUGCCCAAGCUCUGGGGAUUUCAGAGGCAGUGAAGGUUCCCUAUCCUGUAUUUGAAUCAAACCCCGAGUACUUGUACGUCGAAGGCUUGCCAGAAGGAAUCCCCUUCCGGAGUCCCACAUGGUUUGGAAUUCCACGCCUUGAAAGAAUUGUCCGUGGGAGUGGCAAAAUCAAAUUUGUUGUUAAAAAGCCUGAGCUUGUCACUUCCUAUUUGCCACCAGGACUGGCUAGUAAAGUAAACACUAAAGCAAUGAGUCCAAAGAGUUUAAAAAGAUCACGGAGUCCUGCAAGCAAUUCAAAGGUCCCAGAAAUAGAAGUUACUGUUGAUGAAGGUCUCAAUAAACCACAAACGACAGAUGUUCGAACUAAUUCUCAAACCAAUGGGUCCAAUAUGAAUUUCAAGCCACGAGGAAGAGAAUUUUCUUUUGAGGCAUGGAAUGCCAAAAUUACUGACCUAAAGCAAAAAGUUGAAAAUCUUUUUAAUGAAAAAUGUGGGGAAGCGCUGGGGCUGAGUGAACCAGUGAAGGUGCCGUUUGCGUUAUUUGAAUCCUUCCCAGAGGUUUUCUAUGUGGAAGGCCUACCAGAGGGAGUGCCAUUCCGACGACCGUCUACUUUUGGAAUUCCAAGACUAGAGAAGAUCCUGAGAAACAAAUCUAAGAUAAAAUUCAUUAUUAAAAAGCCUGAGAUGUUUGAGGCGGCAGUUAAGGAAAGUUCUGCUAAAAGUCCCCAGAGAAAAAAUAAUUCAUCUAAUAUUGCCAAUACAGCAAGCUCCACAACGAAUACAGUGGUAAACACAGCUGCAGGUGUUGAAGAUCUCAACAUUAUUCAAGUAACUAUACCAGAUGAUGAAAGUGAGCGGCUUUCAAAAGUAGAAAAGGCCAGACAGUUGAGAGAGCAAGUAAACGAUCUGUUUAGCCGGAAAUUUGGUGAAGCCAUUGGUAUGAGUUUUCCUGUGAAGGUCCCAUAUAGGAAAAUCACUAUCAACCCUGGCUGUGUGGUGGUGGAUGGGAUGCCUCCUGGCGUGGCAUUUAAAGCUCCCAGUUAUCUGGAAAUCAGCUCGAUGAGGAAGAUUUUGGAAUCAUCAGAGUUUAUCAAAUUUACAGUCAUUCGACCAUUUCCAGGACUUGUGAUUAACAACCAGCCAGCUGAACCGAGCCAAAUAGAAGUAUCUGUAGGAGAUGUUAUGGAAACAGAAGAAAGUUCUCAAAUAAAGCAAGAACCAGACCCAACGUGGUAGACCUCAAUACUACGUCAGAAGCACCCAGUUCUGCGAAGAGCUUGUCAGGCCUGUCCUGAUCCGUGUAAUAUAACUGUAUAAGAGAAGUACCUUCUAUACAAACCCUUUUUGUACUUUUAGAUAGAAAUGUCUACUUUUUCAGCAGUUCUGUGAAUUGACUUAAUGCAAAGAAUGACUGUAGAUUUGGAAUGGCUGGUUUUACUUUGGAAUAUAUCAUGAGGACUAAAUUUGAUGCAGCAAUGCUGGGGAGAUGACAACAAUUAAAAUCAACAGGGACUUAACAGAGGCUGUCUGCGUUUCCCAAAAAAGCUGAACUUCACUGUACCUGAAUGCAUCUCAGCUUUUGUAAUGAAGAAAAACAUCCUGCAAGUAGUUCAGUUUGUUAGUUUUACUUUGAGAUAACAAAUCACUAAUUUUUGGUUAUCACUCCUUUAACGGCUGCUUGGACAAUAGUAUCUGUAUAUUUGAACUAAUUUUUCCUCUAUCUACCACAAUUCAUAUGUUUUUCAUAAAUAAAAGAUGAACUGGUUCACUUGACCGUUAGUAUGCAUUAAUGAGGUGGACAGUAUUUCAGUGUGUGGAUUAGGAACCAAUUGAACCCUUCUGUAGUUUGUUCUGUUAGCUCGAAGUUGUAAGUGCAUGUUUUAUCAGAAUAUCUUGGUUUGUGUAUGAAGGCUCUGGUCUUGCAGUCCCAAUGUAGACAAAGCUCGCAUGGACCUGUGGGAGGGCUUUUCUCCCGAAGGCUGGGGGGUAAAGCCCUGCUGUCCUUCUACAGCUAGUUACGGAAACUUACACUACAAGCUGCUCUAAGUCCUCCCGUGUCAAAAGUUAAGUCCCCUACAGUCCUGGUCACGCCACACAUGAUGUAAGAGACUCAUGUAUGCAUUUUUUUUUGAAGUUUCACAAACCAUAAAGUUGUGAAGUUCUGGUUAUAUGAUACUCUCUAUAGAGAAGAUAGAGAUUAUUGUAAAGGUUUCUCUUUCAUUGGCAUGAGUUUGGGAUUGACUGCAUUAUGCACAAAUGCUAAACCUUAUUCCCUCAUUAAGAAAUAAAGACAUUUCUGAUGGUUUUUA